GAAUUAUGUGGAAAUUAAAAUUUUGAAAGAAUUUGCGGCGUCCUUGCGGAAUUCGAAAUCAAGCUCAAUCAUUUCAUCAACUCAUAGCAAAGACUUGGCAACUAUCAGAGAGAAUAAGAUGUGGCUGAAGUCUCUAUGGAUGACUGUGAAUUAGAUUUGUUAUUAAAAGAGUUGGAGGCUGAUUAUACGGAUGCCCUUAAAUAUGUUGAUCGUGAAUUGGAGAAAAAAACCACCACUUUGGUGGUUGAUGAUUAUGAGCGACUUCAGAAAAUCGGUCAGGGAACAUUUGGUGAAGUGUUCAAAGUUCGUCACCGAGUUACUAAGCAACAUUAUGCUUUGAAACGACUUAAAACAGAGCAAGAAACAGAGGGUUUUCCAGUCACUGCUCUGCGCGAAAUUAGAAUUCUCAGCUCGCUUUCCCAUGAAAAUGUUGUGCGUUUGCGAGGCGUAUGUCAUAAAAAAGCUGCCCCUUCUAGCAACUACAGAUACGAGUUCUAUCUUUUGUUCGAUAUUUGUGAGCAUGAUCUAGCAGGUCUAUUAGCUCAAAAAGUUGAGUUCAGUCUCCCAGUGAAGAAAAGCAUAAUGCAACAGUUACUUACGGGACUUUACUUUUUACACAAAAAUAAUGUUCUUCAUCGUGACUUAAAAACAUCAAACAUACUAAUUGAUCGUGAAGGUGUUUUAAAAAUAGCAGAUUUUGGUUUGGCAAGGCUUACUGUCACUUCUAUUCGACCUGACCGUGCUUCUCGUUAUACUGGUCGCGUAGUAACGUUGUGGUAUCGACCUCCAGAAAUCCUGCUCAAUGAUCGUUAUUACGGAAGACCAGUAGAUAUAUGGGGUGCUGGCUGUAUUAUGGCUGAGCUUUGGACAAAUUACCCAAUUAUGCAAGGUGAAAAUGAACUUCUUCAACUCAAUUUAAUUAUUCAGCUUUGUGGUUCCAUUACACCGGAGGUUUGGCCAGCUGUCCAGAAUUUAGAAACUUAUCAAAAAAUAAAGUUACCCAAAGAUGUUAAACGUCAUGUCAAAGAAAAAUUGACGCCACAAAUUCCAUGUCCAUCGGCUGUUGACCUAAUAGACAAAUUACUAGUAUUAGAUCCAAAUAAACGUUUGGAUGCUGAUCAAGCUUUAUCACACGAUUUUUUCCAUGAAGAUCCACCUCCUGGUGAUUUAAGCUGCCUUUCAAAGAAUGGUGCUUCAUUUUUAGAGUAUUUAGGACAAGCUAACAGAGCUAGACGUGGAUUAGCAAAUAAUUACCGUAAUGUUGCUAAUCCUAAUUUCCCAGCUAGACGGGGUCCAAAUGUUAUGGUCCCCGGACCUAUGCCAAAUCAACAAAUUAUUAACCAACCAUAUCAACGUUAUCGAGGUCUUCCACCGGAUCAAGAUUCAUCUAAUAUUAAUGAUCGUAUAUUUUAAUCUAAGUGAAGGGUCUAAUGUUAUUGAAAAAAAAAUUUUGUACAAUUUUGUGUUUAUUGCAUUUUUAAAAACAAAAGUAAAUUUAAAUUAACCUGCAGAAACAGUAGGAUAUUGUGAUAACUACAAUAACAAUAAUAAUAAUAAUAACACAUACAGAGUUUAUUUCAAUCUUUAAGAUUUGUAUUUUUCUAGUCUCAUUACAAUUAUAGUGCGAAUAUUUGCUAUGCUAAAUAAUGAUAUGAUGAUAACCAUGAUGAGUGCAUUUUUCUCUUUCUCUCUCUCUCUCUUUUUUUUUUCUGUAAUUUGAUAUUUAUUAGUCUACUAAAGAAAUUUCUUUUUAACCAUUUCAUUAGUUUUUAAUUAUCAGGAUGAAAGAAAAAUCUCAAAUAUAAAUAAUACGAAAGUAAUUAUAAUUGGUAUAAUAUGUACAUCGUUUGAAUAAUUUUUUUCUGGUUAGUGUUUUUUUAGCGAGUUAGUUUUCUAAGAGAUAGGGUCGCUAACCCUAUACCCAACCCUCCUCCUUUAUCCGGGCUUGGUUUAUUUAUUUAUUUGAACACAUAAAUAUUGGUACAGGGGGGCACCAAAUAUAUAUGCGCCACACAAAACAAUGAUAAUUUGAAGAGAAGGAGAAAAGAGAAAAAAAGAAGAAAAAAAAAAGUAAUGGACGUGGGGAAUUAUAAAAAAAAGGAAGAGAGCGAGAACAAUGGUGGGGGAAACGGAAAGGUACAAUCAGAAGAGAUCUUUCAGUUAAGGAAGAUACAACCACUUUUUAUGAAGAAAGUAAAAGAAGGUUACAGCACGAUCGCCACUGGCUUCUAUUCUGAGCCAUAUCUGAUAACGUCUCUAGCCACUGCGUUACACCGUCUCUCGGACCCCAACCAGGGAGUCGUGAAGGACCAACAUAAGCUAGCCCUUUGCAGCUUUCUUUCAUACCACGACACCAUGUCAUAUACUGACCACCUCUCCGCUUUUUCCAACCAGUCCCAGAGUCGGCAAAUAAUGCACGACGAGGAAUUCUCUGGGACGACAUUCGUAGAACAUGUCCAAGCCACCGAAGUCGGUGUUUCAAG